AAGACAUUUCAAUUAACAUCUGUCCUAUCCCUUCCAAAAUGACGCCGAGCUGUGUUGUGGAAUCUGGAUAACCUGAAAGUAUGGUAAAAUAUUUUUCAAUUUUCUUUUUGGUUUUCGUUUAGAUCUCGAGAGAAAGAUGCUGAUGAACAGAAUAAUGAAGAUAAUGCCACAGUCAACGCUGAUCAAGAAAAAAACAAGAAAAUGUCAUCUAUUCAAAUUCAUAUAAAGUAUCCAUGUGACGUACCAAAAUAUUCAUUAGCAAUACUAGAAGCACUGAAAAUACCAGGUACUUCAUUUAAAAUAACUGCCUGUUUCUUUCUAAGAUAUUUGUGUUUGUAGGCGGAUUUAAUACUAUUAAAAAUGUAUUUUUAAAUAUAACGUGUGAACAUUAUCUUCAA